CGUGUUGCUAUGUAGCACCAGUAUCAAAUCCCUAAACCGGGAACUGAUUUCAUCUGGUGACUUAAGAACUUUUCCCCUUUCUAGUUUUAAGAUGGAUUUAAAGGGUUUUUUCAAAAGAACAUCCUAAAAUCGAAUCUGCUCCCCUCCUCCAGUCCCUACCUCUUCCUUUGAGACCAUGAAUGGAAAAUCCAGAACUUGUCCCUGAUUUUCAAGGCAAAAAUACAAGAUUUCUUUAAGCAAAGAAAAGGGAAACCAAUCAAAAUUCAGAGAACUUGACCCCUCUCUGAUCUUUCCCAUCAUCUUUAAUCCUUGAUUGCCUCUGCAAUGUUGGGUAGGAUUGUGAAAGUGAGGUGAAGAAGAAACCCAUGCUAUGGGUAAAGGGGAAGAGAGAAGGAGAUGAGAGAGAAACGUUAAUUGCUGUUUGUAUUCGUUUUUUGGUUUUAUGGAGCGAGUGGUGAAGGGCAAUUGUCCUUAGCAUUGCUCUUUUGGCUAAAUCCAUACUUCAAUUCUUUCCAUCGCAGCUGAUACUUGAAAGCUUUGAAUGGAUCGCCUCUAGUUCCAGGCAGGUGCUUUUCUGAAGCUUUGAAUCGAUUUUCCUGUUUUCUGAAUGUUGUAUUGUGUUUUUGUUUUUGAUCCCGAUGAUUCAAUUCGUUCUGCCUGCUCGUGUUUGGUUUUGAAACUCAUUUCUAAGAUUUCUAGCAUUUUGUAGAAUUCACACCUUAAAUUUUAACCAUAAGAAUGUAUAGAAUCUUGCAACUGCUUUUGAUUUCCAUGGUUGAAUGCGUUUUUACUUUGUGUUGUGAUUUCAAACUUGUCCCAUUUUGUAGAAUUCAUAACUUAAAUUCACAUAGAAGUGUCUAAUUGUUGUAGUUAUUAAUUUGGUAGUAGGGUUAAAGGUUGCAGUAGAGUGGUCAUGGAUCGGCUCAGUCCUUCUGCACGUCCCAUAAUAGUUUCUGAUCUUGAUCAUACAAUGGUUGAUCAUCAUGAUGUUGAGAAUGUAUCCCUACUCUGCUGCUACAUAUAUCAUGCCAGGUGGAAAUAAAAAGUCCCUGCUAUAGUUUGGAGUGUUGGCUGAUGGUUUAACUUGAGUAUAGAAAGAACCACCAAUUUUAAUUCCUCUUUCUUCAGGAUCCAUCUCCUGUAACUGUCCAUCCAUCUGGUGUUGAGAAAACUCUACAUGAAUGCAUACAUUAAUUGAAAGGGUGGUAUGGAGACAAGCAAGGAAAAAAGUUUCAGGUUUGGGUGGAUUGUUUAUUAUCUACACAGAUUGGUUCAAGCACAUGGCUGGUGAAUUUCGAUAAGUGGGAGCAGUGUGGUAAUGUGCGGUGUUGUUGUGCAACCACUGGAAAAAUCAGAGCUAAGGAAGGCGAUGAUUCACAUGCAUUCAUUCGGAUGCAUGUAUCGAAAAUGAAAGACCAUUCAAUCUGCCUGUUCUAGAUUGAUAUCAGAUAAUAUCCCUGACCUUUCCAGCUCCAGAGUAUUCUUCAGUAGUCAAUUGAAGUAAAUGUACUAAUGAUUUUAAUAUCUCAUUUCUCAUAUGUAAAAUUAUACACAACCACAAGAUAUCAAAGAUUGUUUCUUUCGUAAACUUUGAGUAAUACUUCUUCAGUAUAUAAAUCAUUGACAUUUCU